AUGGAUUCAUCUACAAGUACUCCUCGCCUGGUCCGUGUUUCUCUCCGUAGUGUUCCGUCACCUGGUUCUCGUGUUGCUGGAGCAGUUGUUCCCAACCCGAUGCAAUUCAAAUUCAUCCCGAAGCAAUUCCAAAACAAGCAAACACAAGUGACUCCACACAAACUGGAUAAUUUCAUGUGUUUGAAGAUGACUCAGACGGAUUUCGAAUAUGAGAGUGUAGAAACAUGUGACACGGCGAAUGUGGAUAAUCAAACGUCAUCUGAAAUAGCAGUUUCCACUGCUCAUGAUUACUUCCAAAGAAAGAUGGAAGAAGUACACACGAGAAUCGGCAAAACUAUCGCAUCACUGAAAGUGGAAGAUUUUUCCAAAAUCACCACUAAUAAGAUAUUAGCCAAUAGUGGUGAAGAGAUUGUAUCUCAUCUGUCAACGAUGAUCAAAAUGAUCAACGAGAAACUCGGAACUGACUCAGUCUACACAAUGUUCCACGCCGUGAAUCAGGCAACUGCUUCUUUUUCUGGAUUCCAUCGAUCUACAGUAUCUCGUUACUGCAAAGGUCUUCCGAUUCCAGCAAGAAGACGAAGGAUUCAGGAGAUGGGAAAAAGAGAAAGAAGUAGAAAAAUUGCCUCCAGAUUAACCUUGUAUGAACGUUCUAAGAUCGUGAAAGAAGUCCACAAUUAUUGGGAGAGAAAGGAAAAAGUUACUGCUGAAAGAAUCUGGAAAUGGGCCAAAUCUUCAAUUCAGUACCGAUUCGGUCUCUCUUAUUUUAGAGUUCUUCUUUCUGGCCUUGGAUUUUGUUUCAAGAAACUUGGUCGGAUGUCUGUCCUCCAAGAACGUCCCAACAUCAUCGCGGCAAGGAAGCAAUAUCUUUCAAGAAAGGAGACGUUGAACAAAGAAAAUGCGUUUUUUGCAGCUUUCGAUGAAACCUGGGCGCAUGACGGGAUGAGUGCUCGAAGUGGAUGGCAGCAUCAAAAUGGAACAAUGUACCGGAGGGCAGAAAUGGCUGAUAUCGGCGCCCCAGUUUCUGGUCCGGAGAAACCCAAGGAAAAAGGAAAAAGAGGAAUUGUACUUGCAGUCCUCACAGAAAUGGGAACAAUUCCGGAAAGUGUAGAAUUUAGAGUAUCGGGACAAAACGUGGAUGAGCAGUAUGAAGAUUAUCACAGAGAUAUGAAUAGUACGGCGUGUGAGGAAUACAUGCACCGCGUUAUUCCACUUCUUGCUGCAGCCGCCGCUCCAACUGGCCGGAAACCGGUUCUUAUUAUGGAUAACGCCCCGUACCAUAAUAAGACCCGGGAAAAAGUAUAUCCAAAAUACUAUAUGAAAAACUUAUGUCGACUCUUUCAGCCUCCAACCAGCCUUACUUUGAAAGCGGACCUUAAAAAGUGGCUUACUGCACAUGGCGUUCCGUUUCCAGCAAAGACGUUGAGGCCCCAGCUGUACAAACUGUCCAAGGAAUAUGUCGCAAAGAACGGCGGGAAGGAGGCGUUCACAGUUUACGAACUUGAUGCCUGGGCAGAAGAAGUCUGGGGAGUAGAAAUCCUAAGAUUGCCUCCCUAUCAUUGCAUGUGGAAUCCAAUCGAGUUUUUGUGGUCCCAAACAAAGCAGAAUAUCCGCAAUAUGGGAAAUAGAGACGACAAAGUUCCGAUUGUGGAGAGUAGAACGAUUGGCUUCCUCCGUUCUUUUAAAGCAAAAGACGCAAAAGCUCUUUUUGAUAAAUGCCGCAAAGACGAAGAUGAAACGAGAGCAAUGAUGUUGGAAAAAGAGACGAUGCUGGAAGACACUGACUUCUCUCUUCUCUACGAGACGGAUGAGCAAGGCCGUCUUGUUAACAUCCGCAUUGAUGAUUCGGAAGACGAAGACGCUUAUAGCGAUGAUGAGAUUUCCGCUGAAGUAUUCGAGGAGCACGAGUUGUCAGACAUCGAUGAAGACAUCGAUGAAGACAUCGAUGAUGAGAUCGAUAAUGACAUCGAUGGGGAUGAUUCACUCGAGUAG